CAGUUCAAGACAUCGUUUGUGGUUGCGCGGGACGCCCAAAAAAAGAAAACACAAAGUCGGUGGCGUGCAACUGCCAAGCCUUGAUCAGGCUACACCGCACUAACGACAAUGGUUGGUAUAUUCAUGACUUCAGGUCUGAACACAACCAUCAUUUAGCAUCAUCAUGUGGAGAGAAACUACAUUGGUCAUCACACAGGAACAUUGACACACACACCAAAGAUAUAGUGAAGCACUUGAGGAGCAACAACAUUGGCUUAACAAAGGUUUUUUGUGUCAUCGGAAGCUUCUUUGGAUCAAUGGAAAACGUACCAUUCAACAAGAGAUCACUCAACUACAUGUGCAAAAGGAUGAACCAAGAGGCUGCAGAUGAUGACAUCAGGAAGACAGUGGAACUGUUCUCUGAACUAAAGAAGAAUGACCCUAUGUUUGCUGAUAGUGUUCUUGUUGACAGCGACAGCAAGAUCCAGGCCCUUAUGUGGACGAAUGGAAAGAGCAGAUACCAAUAUAGAAUGUUUGGCGACGCAAUCACAUUCGACACAACAUAUCGUACAAAUCAGUACGACAUGCCAUUCGGCCUGUUUGUGGGGGUAAACCAUCAUUUCCAAAGUAUUAUUUUAGGAGGUGUUAUGAUGAGGAACGAAAAGGAGGAAACAUUCGAUUGGGUAUUCAAGGAAUUUGUGUCAUUGAUGGGAGGCAAGGCACCGGUUACUAUAUUGACAGACCAAUGUCGUGCAAUGGAGUUGUCUAUCGCUAAUGUGCUACCUGGAACAAAACACCACUGGUGCAAAUGGCAUGUUUUGCGUCGUGCAAAGGAGUUCCUUGGACCAGUCUACACAAUGAAUAGAGAUUUCAGGGAUGAGCUACACAAGAUUUUAGAAUACAUGCUCACUGUAGAUGAGUUCGAAGCAGCCUGGGGGAAUCUAAUUCACAAGUAUAGUUUGCAGGAUCACCCAAUGAUGACACAAAUAUACGAGUUGAGAAUGAAAUGA